AUGACGACUUCCUCCGUGUCCAGCUGCCACGACAACUGGUUUGGCCCUGUCCUCGAUUCCAGUUGUCGCGGAGGCUUCGACUUCACAGUGCUUUUUGAAGCAUCCAUCUUGACCGUCACUCCCGCCGCUCUUUUCCUCCUGCUCGUGCCUCUUCGUCUAUUCUAUCUGGCCAAGCAGUCCCCCAAAGUACACGCGUCUACCAUUCAUGCGGCCACCCUGGUUGCUCUCCUCGCACUAGUCGCGACAAAUCACGUCAUCGAAGAGCGCAUCUCGCUGGUGGGCGCCGUCCUCGAACUGCUCGCAGCGUUGGCCAUAGUGAUACUCGUCGACUUAGAACACAUCCGAUCCAUUCGACCAUCGUUCCUCGUUUCCGCCUAUCUAUUCACCACACUGCUUCUAGACCUCGCGCGCGUCCGGACCGCCUGGUUAAUCCCAGAGAGCAGAGCAUACUCCGCGUGUCUCACCACAUCCGUCGCCCUCAAGCUGCUCCUCCUGGGACUCGAGAACGUCGAAAAGAGAAAAUGGCUCCUGCCCGAUGAGAAGUCGCGGUCUGGCGAGAGCAUAAGCGGCCCCUUCAACCGGGGACUGUUCGCCUGGCUGAACGGGCUGCUGCGACAAGGCUACACCGUUCUGCUGACCGGCGAAGCUCUGCCAAAUAUUCACGAAAAGCUGGCGUCCAGCGAUCUGUCGCGUCGGUUCUCGGACGCUUGGUCGAGCUGUGACCAGAGUCGUCAGAAUGCGCUGCUUCUGGCCGUGAUCAGGUGUCUCCGGUGGGAGAUAGCUGGUAUUGCGUUCCCACGGCUUUGUCUGGUGGGGUUUAAUAUCGCGCAGCCGUUUCUCGUGAGCAAGGUGGUUACAGUUCUGGAGGAGACGAACUCGCUGUCUCUGGAUAAGGGAUAUGGGCUGAUUGGGGCCACGGCAAUUGUUUUCGUUGGUAAUGCUGUAGCCACCGCUUCGUACGAACACCUGGGAUACCGUUCGACAACUAUGAUCCGUGGAGGUCUCAUGGCGUUGGCAUUCCAGCACAUGAUGGACCUACCUCUAGGAAGCACCGACGAGUCCAGUGCUAUGUCCCUGAUGGGCGCGGAUAUUGAAAUGCUCGCCGAAUACUUCCAGACUACCGUCUGCGAAACGUGGGCUAAUGUUGUCCAGCUAGUACUGGCAGUCUGGCUCUUGGAGACUGAAGUAGGUGCCGUCUGUAUUGCGCCCAUUGUAGUGGUUAUCGUCUUCACGGCCCUGUCUUUCGCUAUGGGAAAUGCCGUGUCGGUUCGGCAGAAAUCGUGGCUUCAAGCCACUGAAAAGCGCAUCAACUUCACCAGUGAAGUCAUCGGGUCCAUCCGAAAUGUCAAAUUUCUCGGCUUGACCGAGACCAUGAGCGAAAGGAUCGAGGCGUUGCGCAUCAGCGAGCUUCAGAUCUCGAAGAAGUUUCGUCGGGUCCAGUCUGCCCGUAUCUGCAUGGUCAAUCUUCCCCAAAUUGUUGGACAGCUUGGAACCUUCGGGGCCUAUGCUAUAGUGGCUAAGGUGCAAGGUUCUGGCGGUCUUUCAGUCUCGCAGGCUAUCACCUCCCUGUCGCUGAUUAACCUGCUGAUCAACCCGCUUCGGAUUCUCAUGCGAGCGAUUCCGGACACGUUCGCUUCGAUGGGAUGUCUGCAUCGUGUAGAGGACUUUCUGAGACAAACGAAUCGGCUGGACAAGAGACAGAUCCCUCGGUUGGAAGUAGUCCCAUCCAGUCCGCCCACUAGUGUAUCUGAUAUCGAACUGUCUCACCUUCCGCCCAACGGCGCAAAGGGCAGCUUCGCUCUAGGAACUCAACCCGAUAGCGUUAUAUCUCUGCAGAAUGUUCGCUUUGGCUGGAAGCCCUCUUCACUGGACCGGGCUGGUCUCACGCUCAACAUCGCGGCCUCUCCCUCGGGUAGUCUUAUCGCGAUUGUCGGUGCGGUAGGCAGUGGCAAGUCGACCUUCCUCAAAGGCCUCGCAGGUGAGACGUCGCUGCUCGAGGGCGAUUUGUUUGUCAAGUACCCAGACCUCGCCUUCUGCGACCAAUCUCCGUGGCUGUCCAAUGCCUCAAUCCGUGAGAACAUUAUCGGCGCACACUCGCCCCUUGACUUUGAUGCGGCCUGGUAUCGCACCGUGGUGAGCGCCUGCGCGCUGGACUUGGAUGUUCAGAGGAUGCCAGCAGGCGAUAGGACAUUGGUGGGUAGCAAAGGUGCCAAACUCAGUGGAGGGCAGAAACAGAGAAUCGCUAUCGCGCGAGCCGUCUAUGCCCGCAAGCGCAUCGCCUGCUUCGAUGACGUCCUAAGCGGUCUGGAUAACGCGACUGGCCGACUAGUGUUUAAUAACGUCUUUGGCCCGGCCGGUUUGCUACGUCGGCUGGGUUGUCUUGUGUUCUUGGCUACUCACAGUGUUCAUCACCUACCCCAAGCGGAUUCGAUUAUUGUACUGGAAGACGGUCAGGUCUUGGAGCAGGGUAGUUAUAUUCAGCUCCGGAGCAAGCCCGGAGGCUAUGUCCAGCGCCUGAGCAUCCAUCUCGGACAGACCGAUGACAUCGAGGGACCAGGGGAUGAUCAGCCACCACGGUCAGAAGAAACCGGUCCUGUGGAUGGACCGACCCAAGCCGAUGGAGCCGGUGUUGGCGGAUUCCGCGACAUCUGGAUCGAGCUGUGGGCCUCUAGUAGCGACAGCGCCUGGGACUCGCGACUGGGCUACUGGCUCGGGCUGUAUGGGGUCUUUUCCUUUCUCGAAGCCAGCGGCAUUGCCCUUGCGGUGUACUGGGUUUGGGUGGUUAUUGUCCCAACAGCGUCAAAAAAUCUGCAUUCGACCGUGCUGCGGGCCUGCAUGGGGGCUCCGUUCUCCUUCCUGUCGAACGUCGAGACCGGGGCUCUUGUGACGCGUUUCAGCCAGGACAUGAGGCUAGUCGACAUGACCUUGCCGGGGGGGGUUAUCUCAACGGGAUUCCAGCUGACUGGGACCCUUGCUCAAGGCGCUAUCGCCAUCGCCUCGCUGCCCUAUCUGGCUGCAACGUUGCCUUUUCUCGUCGGGUUGUUGGUUCUGAUCCAGCGCUUUUACCUGCGCACAUCUCGCCAACUGCGGUUGCUUGAGAUCGAGCUGAAGAGCCCUCUGUACACCCACUUCAUCGAAUCCCUCGCUGGCGUCACCACCAUCCGUGCCUUCUCUUGGACCCGCGCCUACACAUCCCGGAUGUUCUCCAAGCUCGAUGAGGCCCAAAGACCCUACUAUCUCCUGUUAUGUAUACAACGCUGGCUCGACCUGGUCUUGAACCUCGUUGUCGCUGCGCUCACGGUACUGAUGGUGGGCGCUGCGGUGGCCCUGCGCAGACAUAUCGAUCCAGGUCUGCUAGGUAUUGCUCUCCUCAUGAUGAUGGAUCUAGGACAGACUCUGUCGGCACUGAUCCAGGGCUGGACACUCCUCGAGACAUCAUUGGGCGCGAUUGCCAGAAUUAAGGACUUCGUUGAAGACACCCCGAAAGAGGACACCACAACGCCCGAGCAAGCACCACACCCGGAAUGGCCCAGCCGCGGCGCGAUCACAUUCUCCAACGCAACCAUCUCGUACAGCUCAGACCAAACUAAUCCCGUACUGCACGACAUCCAUCUCCAGAUCCAGGCCGGUCAGAAGAUUGGACUCUGCGGCCGGACUGGAAGCGGAAAGAGCUCCCUCGCGCUCUCCCUCCUCCGUCUCAACGAGCUCGUAUCCGGCCAAAUUCUCAUCGACAGCCAAGACAUCAGCGUGAUCCCGCGGUCCUUAGUCCGCCAGCGAAUCAGCGGCCUCAGUCAAGACCCGUUCCUCUUCCCCGGGACUGUCCGCCAAAACGCCGAUCCUCUAGACACCGCGACAGAUAGCGACAUCAUCACCGCCCUGGAAUGCGUGGGGGUCUGGGAUGCGCUGGUCUCUGCGUCUGCAUCUGCGUCUGCGUCUGUAUCCAACGGGGCAGAAUCGCCUCUCGACACGCCCCUCAAUGAAACCACCCUCUCACAGGGUCAAAAGCAGCUGUUUAGUCUGGCAAGGGCACUACUUACGAAGAGCAAAAUUUUGAUUCUGGAUGAGCCGACGAGCAGUCUGGACGCCGAAACCGACGCCACAGUCCAGACCGUCAUCCGGGAGGCCUUCCGCGAUUGCACGGUCAUCAUGGUCGCUCACCGGAUUCAUACCCUUCUGGAUAUGGAUCUGGUGGCGGUUAUGGAUGGUGGGCGGCUCGUGGAGGUGGGGGCUCCGCGGGAUUUGUUGGAGAGGCCGGAGGGCGCUUUUGCGAGGUUGUUGCGGUUGGAGGCGGGGGUGUAG